AAGGCUCACUAUGAAGCAGACUGCCUGUAAUGCAGGAUCACAAUGCCACACACACACACACACACACACGGGGAACUUCCACACCUUUUCCAAAGGUCGUUGACCUCUGAUUUAUCCAUUUUUUCUCAAUGGAACUUGGAUUAUUGUGUUUUUUAUUUAUUGUAAAGUGAGGAGAUGGCUCAGGUGAUCAGGCUGUACGCAGGGAUCCUCACAGAGACAACAUUCAACCAUGUGUAAAAAAAGGCCUGAUUUGCGUUUGUUUUGACUGUUGCCGCACUUUUUCAUCAUCCAUGACGAUGUGCCUUCAAAGUAAAGCAGCUCUGGCUUUGUGCCAAUACUGUCUAGCCGGCGGAAAUGUGAGCGAAGCGUCUGCCAAUCAAACCGUGUCCAUCUGUCAUCACCACGGCAACAGAGACAACUGCACAGUGAACACGACAGAUACCGGGCAGUGGAAUGGACACUUCUCCAAAUGUCCCGAUGAACUGACAAACUACUGCAUCCACGGGGAGUGUCGUUACAUCAAAGAGCAGAAAGCCCCGUCCUGCAGGUGUCAGCAUGGUUACAUCGGCUCCAGGUGUGAAUAUCUGGACCUGGAUUGGCGGAUCGGAGAGAAAAGAGAAAUCAUAAUCGCCUGCGUCAUCGCAGGGCUCGUUUUCCUCAUUCUGCUCAUCGUGUUCAUCUGUAUUUGUUCACAUCGGAGGUGCCGGUUGUGUUGGCGGAGACGACGGCGACGAGAGGAACCGAGGAAUGGCUCGGAGAAGCUCAGCAUGAUGGACACCAGCGGGACACACACAACGCUAGCGUCAAACUCAGAGCCAACACACACCAAUGCCGUGUGACCAGUGUGUGUGAGAGAGACCACCAGUCUGGGAAGUGUUUACAUUCGAGGGAUUUCUGUCCCUCAUGUGACAGCUGCUGCCUUUUGUCUCAUGGUUACAUCAGUCCUUUGUGUGGAGGACGAGGAGGAGGAGGAGGAGGGACCUUUUCUGGAUGAAGAUCAAGCAGCAGCACAGGAGUCUGCACCCUUCUCUUAAAAGGGCACCAGUGUCUGAAGCUGUGAUGAAGCUCCAGCAGAAACAGGAUGAUAAACACGAGUUCGGAGAGUUCGUACCUGUUGGCAAGGAACUUUUCUUUCCAACACUGUGAAGCAACAACCGUGCGGACUGCAGGGCGCUCAUCAGGUGUUGCUAUGUUGGGAGAAGAUGUGACAGCAGCUGGCAGCCGGGGAGAACAGAUGGUCAGGUUGUUGUGAUUUGUGGGAGACAAUAAGCCCGGUUGGCGUCGGUCUAGUAUCACCUGGGGAGCUUUAGAGAUGUGUAAUUACUGCAAAGGUCUUCUGUGAUUUAUUCCGGUACAAAUCGGUCAUUUCCGUUAUCUCUGAAGUGAAAACUCAGCCCACUUUCCCCAAACAUGGACUUCUUUCGUUAAGAUUAGCGUGAACGAUUGUAAGCUAAAUAUAACAAGCUAAUUAUAGAUCGUUAGCUUUAUAUCUGACAAGCUAACUAUAGAUAUAUAGCUAACGUUCGCUAGUUAGCUUGUUGGAUUUAGCUAACGAUUUAGCUACCGAUCUAUAGUUAGCUUGUUAGAUAUAUAUAUCUAACAAGCUAACUAGCAAUCGUUAGCUUUAUAUCUGACAAGCUAACUAUAGAUAUAUAGCUAACAAUCGCUAGUUAGCUUGUUAGAUAUAUAGCUAACAAGCUAACUAGCUAAUGCUGGCUAUCUACAAAUUAGCCACCGUUAGCCUUCUCUGCUGUUGGCUUUUCCUUUGCAAAGGUUACGUUUUAUCCUUUUCUUGCUCAGUCAAGAAAGCUGCAUUUGUGACUCUAACUCAAAGUUUGAGUCGCAGUUUAAAUGCGUUCCCAAAUGGCUAAUAGCCAAGAGCGCCUACCGUCACUUCAGGUGCAGCUUCCCUAGUUCGUCAAGUGAAGUCACCCUAUUUCACCUGCAACCUUUCCCCUAAACACGUGUGUGUGAGCGACCGUUAGCUAUAUAUCUACCAAGCUAACUAACAAACGUUGGCUAUCUACUUAGGUAGUGGAAAAUUCACUCACUGCACAAGGGUUUACAGUGUACGACAUGCAGGGUCCUAAGGUACCCGAAUGGAGACACGUUUAUUUAAAUAUUAGCACGUAAACAUCGUCUGUCUCCGUAUGAACUCACGGACUCAUCGACGUUAGCGAUGCAAGAAGAGCCUUCUGGUCUAAAAGCAGUCUGGACUUCAGGGUUAGAUGAGGACAAGGAGGACUUGUGCCGGAGGAUUUCUGAAUUUAUAUAUGAACCCGAGCUGCAGACGAGGAACAGCCGAGCCAGUGUGUGCAGGAGAGAGGGCUUCACUGUACCAGACGCUUUCCAAAACUGCCAGCCUUCCACUGGGCUUUUAUAAAAUGUGCAUCUAAAUGUAGAAAGAAGAGGCAGUGAAGUGUGCUCCUGCUGGCAGCUUUCAAUAAAUAUGUCUACUGAAUGUGUGCUGUAAACUAUUCCAACAGAUAAGAGGAGGUGAUAAAACCCACAUUCAGAGAGAUUGUUACGAGUUGUUAGGAAGAGUUGCUCAACGCGACCUCAGACUGUUUUCAUCACGAUGAGCUCAAGUUCACAAGAAACCGGCGAGAGAUAAGGUCUCCAUAAACACAGCACUUCAGUUACAAGAGUUUUAAAGCAACACUAAGGGAAAGAUGACCUUUUUUAUAUCCAUAACUCCUUGAAUUUGUGCGGAAAGCUUUUCUUUUGUUGCAUGCCUUGAAAGUAAAAGUUUUAUUUCACAUUUUGGAUUAAUUCAAGUAAAUAACGCGGCUUUGAACAGCAGCAAAACAUGUGCAUUUGAGUUAAAAAUCAUACUACUUAAAACACUGGGGCAUUGACAGUCUGACGCUUGUGUAGGAGCGCUAAUCCCCAGUAUUUCUUAUGCAUAAUUGUAUUAAAUGCAUGUUUUUAAGUCAAAUAAUGAACAUAUGGAUAGAUGUGACUCUGAUUAUAAUGCACGAUUGUGAAGCUGUUUUAAAUUCCUGCAUAUUUGGUCAAAUUGUGCUAUUUUAAAACACUUAAACUGUCUGAUGCUUUUGCAGGAGCGCUUCUGGUCGGUGUGACUACUGUUUAUGAACGUGUUUUCAAUAGUCAUUUAAAAUAAUGAUCUAGAUAGAAAACUAUUUGAAUUUGAAUGCAUUCAUUGUGUGAAAAGAUAUACUGUGUAACGUAGUCCCCAUUUACUCCGAUUCAUCAAGCUUUUUAACGCAAUGCUCGUUAACAGCUGAGGCAUGACAAAAACACGACUUCCUGCCAGAAUUCAAGGUGAGGCGAGGUCAAUAAUUGACGUACAAAGGAUGCUGAACGCUCCUUUAAUCCAAACCCAAACACAUGUGAUUGAGCUCCUUGUGAUCCUGUGUUUACGGUGUUGUUAUGGAGAACAGAUUCCUGUGAGGGUGUGUACACACAGCAGUAUCGUCCUCUGACAUAAUGCAACCGAAUCCUGUUGACAAGGAGGAAUUUAUAUUGUGUCUGACUGUCUUUGGAUCUGUUUCAAAUGACAAUAAUUGGCUAAGUAUAAAGGACCUUUCUGACUCAAAGCCAGUA